AAAGCAUGGGAGUCACCACUCCCUCUGCAUCAAUACUUGACCAUCAAUUCACAAUCAGUCAAAGCCGUCCUUUCCGCUGGAACCACUCCUAUCACGCCUGACAUUAUCCGGCUAAUACCAUCUUUGGGAAUCAUCGUCACCACAAGCGCUGGCCUAAACCACAUCGACCUGCAAGAGUGUAGACGCCGCCAAAUAUCCAUUGCCACUGCUGGAACCUUGUAUUCUGAAGAUGCUGCAGAUCUGGCGGUUGGACUGCUCAUCGAUGUAUUCAGAAAGAUUUCAACUGCUGAUCGAUAUGUAAGACGCGGGCUUUGGGCUAGUCAACGGGAUUAUCAGUUUCCUCUUGGUUCUAAGUUGGGAGGCAAGCAAGUUGGCAUUGUUGGAUUGGGAAGCAUUGGCUUAAAUGUGGCAAAAAGACUGGAGGCUUUCGGCUGCAAUAUAUUGUACAACUCGAGGAAAAAAAAGCCAUCAGUUCCAUAUCCAUAUUAUCCAGAUGUUUGUGAUCUGGCGACUCAUUGUGAUGUUCUCAUCAUUUGUUGCGGAUUAACUGAUGAAACCCGCCAUAUGAUUAACAAGAAAGUCUUAUUGGAAUUGGGGAAGGAAGGAGUCAUUAUUAACGUUGGACGUGGGGCUGUCAUUGAUGAGAAGGAGAUGGUAGAGUGUUUGUUGCAAGAAGAGAUAGCAGGUGCUGGUUUGGAUGUGUUUGAGAACGAGCCUAAUGUUCCUAAAGAGCUAUUUUCAUUAGAAAAUGUUGUGUUGUCACCACAUAGAGCUGUCCAUUCAGAGGAAACAUUAAUGGCUUUGUGUGACCUUGUGGUGGGGAAUUUUGAAGCUUUCUUCUCAAAUAAACCCUUACUUAGCCCAUUGGUGGAAGAUUGA